CCGGGGCGCCCAUGACGGCGGCCGCCGCGGUGCUCAAGGAGGGCGUGCUGGAGAAGCGCAGCGGCGGGCUGCUGCAGCUGUGGAAGCGCAAGCGCUGUGUGCUCACCGAGCGCGGGCUGCAGCUCUUCGAGGCCAAGGGCACGGGCGGCCGGCCCAAGGAGCUCAGCUUCGCGCGCAUCAAGGCCGUGGAAUGCGUGGAGAGCACCGGGCGCCACAUCUACUUCACGCUGGUGACUGAGGGCGGGGGCGAGAUCGACUUCCGCUGCCCGCUCGAGGACCCCGGCUGGAACGCCCAGAUCACGCUGGGCCUGGUCAAGUUCAAGAACCAGCAGGCCAUCCAGACCGUGCGCGCCCGGCAGAGCCUCGGGGCCGGGACCCUCGUGUCCUAAACCGCCCCGCGCCCCAUCUUACCUCCACGCUCCCCACCCACGAGGUGCGGAGAUCCCUCCAGCUUCCCUGCCCCUUUUGGCUUAUGGGGGCAUGACUGUGCCCGAGAUGGCGAGGCAGAAGCAGUGGACAUGUGGAGGAGACACUGGAGCUGAAGGAGUGGACAGGGCCCGGGGAGGAAGGCAGAAGGCCGCGAGGGGCUGAGGAUGAAGAUUCAGCCCCUGGACACUUUCAGAUUCUCAGGACAUAGCCAGCUAUGGGCCUUGUAGUCCCUGGCCUGGCCUCUGGCAUCGUGAUGGAGAGCUGGCAUCAGAGCCCCUCCCCCGUGCUGGCCCUGCCAUCUGUUCUGCAGACUGCUGUUGGGCCCCAGCGUGGUGCCUGCCUGGAGGAGCGUCAUCCCCAUGGGGUUUAAGCCAGAGCCUCAGGACUUCGGGGGCCAACCUGGUACCCAGAGGAGGAAUCAUCCUGGACUCAUCAUGGCUGGGGGAGCUGAUGGGCCUGAUGCUCACACUUGGGGGUCUUCUGCUGCUUAGGUCCUUCUGGGACCCCCAUCCAUCCAGGCCCUCUCUUUGCACACUUCUUCCUCCACCUCCUGCCCAUCUUCCCUCCACUGCGGUGCCAGGCCUGGAGGUGGUGGGGGUCUGGUGGGGGUUUGGCCAUUACCAUUUCAUACCUAUCCCAAAAUGAAGUUGCCCUGCUAAGGGCAGUGACCACACUGUUUGCUGAGUGAAAUUCUUUACCCACAGCCACCCAGUACUUGGAACAUCUCUCCCCACCUCUACUUCCCCAACCUAAAGCUCAUUCUGAAAUCUCUAGCCUGGGUUGGGAGGGAGGGGACACAGCAACCAGGGAGACAUGGCUUCAGUGGUCCCAGGAAGGAGGGAUGUUAGGCCCAGGGCGAGCGGUGAGUGUCUUCUCCAGGAGGAUGCCAUCCUGGGAAUGGCUCAGCUUUCUGGGCAGCGCCUCCCUCCCUGUCAGUUACACACUCAGGCUUUAUACACGUGCAGAGCAAGGCUUCUGCUCUGGACGGUUGAAUGGAACAAUUUCAGCACUGGGGAAACCAAGGUACAGGAAAGUAGCUGCCCUGAGUUUUGCAAAAACUAUGAAUCGGUCACCCAGGAGAUCUUUCCAGGUUGUCAGUUCAUUCCACCUGCUUUCCUGUGUCAUCCACCCACUUCUGGCCUUCCUGGCUGCAAACCAGUGGCCUACUUCGGAAUCUCUGGAAAGAGCAAGGAGGCUGAAUGGCCUCCCAUAAUUUUAGUUGCAUUUUACUAGCCUCUUUGUUCUUCCAACCGGUUGGGCUCCCUGUCAGAUUUAUACCAUCCUCUUAAAAACCUCUCUGUCCCACAUCUCAUUCCCUCAGCCACCUCAGGAGCGUCUUGUUCAUCUGAUAUAUGAACUACAUCUCACAAUCGGAUAAGAAUUUACUGAUUAGAAAUCUUUCCAAAUAUCUGUUAUCAAGUUGUACACCUGCCCCCUGGGCAGCCCGGUGCCAGCAUGGAGGACAAGCAUCGUCUCCCCACAAUGCUGAGAAAGAGCUGGGGGAUCCAUUUGU